AUGCACGGAAUUCUAAGCGUGGCCGCGCUGCAUCUCGCCUACAGACACCCUGCUGACAAACCGCGGCUAGUCUGUAUAGCCGCCUAUCAUCACAACAUAGCACUACGCGGAUUUCAGAAUGGUAUUACCCGAGUAAACGAUGGAAAUGGUGAUGCGUUGUACGCAUUUUCUUGCAUAAACAUUGUCUAUGCGCUGGCCUUCUUUGGACCUCUCUGCGAUGGCGCUUCUAUCGACAGCAAGUCCCGCAUUCUUGGAGACGGAUGGAUCCCAGCGAUACGCGGCGUUGACGCAGUACUACAUCCCGUAUAUGAUAGGAUAUGUCGAGGGCCACUGGAUGACUUGACAAAGAUCGGCAACUGGGAUCAACUUGAUCCAAACCAGCACCCAUUCCCUCACGACGACCAUUUCCGCAGUAUAAAACAAGCUUGGGAGAACAAUAACGACGCAGGCAUCUACGACGAGUCACUCUAUCUACUCCGGAAAUGCAACGCGUAUAUGAAACAGUUCGAGACAAUGAGCAGUGAGGCUAGAGCUGAGUGGGGAUAUAAUCAGGACUGGUCAGCACCACAUAUAUGGUUGCACGCGACUUCCAAGGAGUAUCUUGACUUGUUACAAGAGCGAAAGCCACCGGCAUUGCUUAUCUUUGCAUAUUUCGGUGCUUUAGCACAUGCUUUGGACGGAUCAUGGUUUAUGGAAGGUUGUGGUCGAAGUAUAAUAAUUGUUGUAGAUGAACUACUAGGAGGAUACUAUGACCAAUGGAUAAAGUGGCCGAAAGACAUUAUUGGUAUAAAGUAA